GGGACAUUCAAGCAUGCUCAUCAGAUAAGUUAUCUUUGCCUCUCCCUGUUCUUUAACUCCAGUGGCUAUCACUCUAUACCUUGUCACGGAAGAAAAACAUUUUUAUUCCAGAACGUAUACGUAAUAUACAUUUAUAUGCAGGAAAGUAAACAUCACCGUCUCUGUCAAACACGCACUUCCAGACGCUUAUAAAUAAAAAGGGUAAUUGUUUGUUUGCUGAAAAAGGGCAAAACACAACAAACCCGAACAAAAGGUUUGUGUACGUAUAAUAAUAAACAAUCCACCACUGGUCUAUUAUGUUUAUCUAUCAAAAUUGCAUGGUUGAUUGCCCUUUUAAGCUGCGGGUAUGUAAAGCUCAAAGAAUUUUAAGAAUAUCACAAAAACAAUCUGACUGAGAGCACGGUUGAGUCAGUACUAAAAAUUAUCUGUUAGCUGAUUUAUGAACAGACGUUCACCUUUGGUAGGUUUUUGUUGACGCAUAGCUUUUUAAACAUGAGUGCAAGUGAGCAGUUUAUACAGGCGAUCCAAACUGGAGACUUGAUGUACAUCGAAAAGCAUCUUAACAGACCCGUAAGUGUAGGAUCCCGUUUGUUUGGUAGCUAUACAGUUCAAUAAUGUGUGGUCUGGCUUCAUGCCGUCUUUGUCUACUUGUUUAAGAAACUAAAUAUUAAUAGUAGUUUUGUCAUUAAAGAGAGCAAAUGUUUUGAUAACCCAUGACUGGUUCCUCCAUGAGGACUAAACUAGAAGUACUGAUUACAGAUUUGGGCGCGUUUUCGUUGCAGUGUCAUGGUCAUAAGUGCGGUUCAUGCAAGGCUUUUUAUGAAAGACGACUUACUCAAGAAUAACGGAUAUAAUGAAAAAAUAACGAAAUUAUCAUUUUUUUUGUUAUUUUAAGUUCUCACCAUGUUUAAAGCUCCAUUUAUUCAUAUUUCAUAUUAAUGUUCAUUAAACUACCAUACUCAGAAUGUAGGGGGUCCUUAGAAUGAUUACGUGAUUACGUUUGAAGAAAAUAUCAAGGUGAUCUUGUUCCAACCAGAAAAUCUGUCAUUAGUGCUCGUUCCCUCGAGAUCAGUUUCCGAAAAAAAAAAAAUGUAGGUUCACAACUAUCGGCGCGUUUGUGAUAACUUACAACUGUAGCAUGCCUGUUACUUCUUAGUCUCCUUCGCAGCCGUUAUUAGGGUCGUCACUCGUCACGCAACGCUCCUCCCCACUACCGUUGCGUGACGAGUGACGACCCUAAUAACGGCUGCGAAGGAGACUAGUUACUUCUGUGACAGAAGUUGAUGGGUGGGCAGAGUUGAUUUCCUGUCGACUUUUUUGCCCUUUUUUCUAUAUCUAAUUCUUUCCUUUACAGAUCAAGACUGUUUCCGUCUUCCUCAAAAAGGUCAUUUUCAAACCCUUUGGAUCUUUUGAAAGGUCCUCUCAGCCAAUUUUAAAAGGGAUGCGCUCGUAUUACCUACUCGGGUUUCAGAGCUUUACUUUAGAAAGCAUUUGUGCCUCUCUCUACAGAUGGUCCUGUGCAUGAAGUUAGGUGCAAUGAGUUGAAUUAAAUGAGGAGUAAAGAGUAAACCUCUUACACCUAAUCCUUCCGUAGUUUAAAAGAGAAAACCCGAGCACGAAUACAUAUGGUCUUAAACAGGUAAAAUUCCCGAAUGAAGUGAAAAUAAUGUUACGGACCGUGCAAUAAUUAUCAUGAGGGAGGGGUGGGGGGGCUGAAAAAACCAGAUGGGGGGAAUUAAGUAAAAAUAAUGUCAAGACGAGUGGAGGGGGCUGAAAUUGAAAUUACUCUUAUAACAGGGGGGCCCUAAGUUUCAUUAUAUGUCAAGUACCUUUGCAUUAAAUUGCAACAAGAUUCUACAUGCAUUGUAAAACAGGAAAUGUACUAUACUUUCAUUGAUGCUCAAUGUUCUUAGAAAAUGUGAAGUUUAUAUCAAAAAAAUGUCAUCACAUUUUAGACAUGUUACCAGAUUUUCCUUGCAAAAUAAUUGAUUUGUGUCAUAAAAUUUCUAUAAUCCUAGUAUCCAUUACAAGGCCAAAUUCAACUAAAAACAUGACUUGUCCCUAAAAAACCAUUUGUACUUAGAUACUGUCCUUUAAGACAGUUGUAAGUUCAUUCACCCUCAGGUGCAGAAGUCCCAGACAAUCUCCUGACCUCCCUGAGCGAAGCAGUUUGCUCUGCAAAGGUCGCAAGCAAGCAGGGUUUCACAAUCAACUGUUUCCAGUUGGGGAAAACCAGAUAUGUCGGGCUCAAAGUCCUCUUCAAGGGUAACUCCUUCCUUCUCUGCUCUCUCAUUUUUCUUGCUUCAGAUGUUGUGGACUUGGUGCCAAUUUGAUAUGACGCCUUAUAUUCAGCCGUCACUCUGUCCAAGUCCUCAACAAGAUGUAACACAUCCUUUUCACAGUGCCAGAUUUGAUAUAAUGUCGUUUGACUUUCUCAUUGUUGAAAUUGUGAAGGAAAUUUAGGCCAGUCUUAAGUUUGCCACUCUCCGUAAAUAGGCUGUCAUCAUGGCUAGUUAUGUUAUACCUGUGAUGGCAUGAAGCUUAUCCAAGGCGCGAUUUGCCUCCCUCUUGCAUGGCCUUAUGUUGCGGUCAUCAUGGGGCUUUGGCUUGUACUCUUCUCGGAGAGACCUUCCAGCACAAGCAGGGUUGUCCGACAACAAAUAGAGAAGACGGUUUUCAAGCUUUUCAACCUCUAUUACAUUAUAUUUCGGGAUGUGUGGGAUGAUCGAAUGGAGUCAAAAGGGGGUCCAGCAAAACCCAAAAAAUCCCUGGAUUAAAAAUUAUCAAAGAGAUCAUUUUGGCCCUUAAAAGGGGGCUGAACAUUAAUUCUCCGUUUGUUUGCGAACGCAGGGGAGGGCACUACCGAUUCUUUUUAAUACCCCACUCAAACAUACCCAAAUAAAUUUCCCAAAUUUUGAAAUCAUUUUCAGCACCGAUCAUUCUUGAUGAUUAUUGCACAGUCCCUCACCAGGCACUGACUGCGUGGUGUUUUUUGCUCUGAUUGGACGGCAACGUUCCUGACCACACCGAAUGAAUCGCCCAUUUUAUUACCUUUACAUAAAAUAGAUACUUGCGCGUUACAAAUUGAAAUGUUAUUGUUAUUUUUAUCAUGCUAAUCUACACAACAGACAUUACUAGGGGCACUCAGGCGGGUUUUGGCUCGCUUCGCGCCGGCGCCCCCAAAUCUGCGCCUAAGUACUCGCAAUAUCACCUCUUUUAGCAGGCUAAAUGAAUGCAUUAGAAGUCAGAAGAGUAAAAGAAAGGAGCUCCUUAUUCCAUUUUUUACCGAUCUAGUAAACGAGUCAGUCAGCUUUAUCCCUCCGGGUAUUGAACUUGUAUUUUCGGGGUUUUUUUUGUGUGUGUUUUUGUAGGGAACCGAGAUAAACUGCGAAGUAAAACAUGGACGAAACGCUCUCCAUUAUGCAGCUGAUGCCGGGAAGGUUCCAAUUUGUAGGUUUCUGUUACAAAGGAUGGCCAUCAUUGACGUAAGUUUCAUGCUAUUUUAGUAAUUACAGUCUGAAGGUCACUGCUAGCAGAGGCCUCUUUUCGCCGAACUCCUGGGAAAAAAGGCCUCUCCUCCGCCCCCCGCCCCCAGCUGGGAAAGUCUGAAAGGGCGGAGGUCACCUAUCUGGAGGUGAAAAUUACAGUUCGAAGAACUUGAACGACUAAGAUGUUUUGAGUCCUAAAAUUAAAGACAUCUUGAUUGUUCAAGUCCUUCUGGCUGUAGCAGCCACAGCCAGGAAAACCGGAAUCACGAUGUCCCUCCAUCGUCGAACGCGAUAAAAUAAAAAAAAUAAGGAGUUGUGGUUUGUUUUCAGACAGGUUCGCUAGGUGACAAACUUGAAGGGCUCAAAGCAUGGAUCGUUCCGGCUGUCAAUGACAUUUGAAUUACUGAGUUACAAAAGAACAACGGAAUACUUUGAAUAAAUCGGUGAUAACAUAACACUAGAGCAGAAGGAAUGUCUGGAAAUGUCAGACUUGCAGUAACUUUGUCCGUUUGAAAAACUAAGUACAGACGCGAAUUAAAUGCCAAAAACAAUACCAAGAAACUAAGCAAGGUUUUUGCAAAAACCUUCCAGCAAGUCUGCGCAAAAGCGGGCGAACAACCUAAUCACACGCACUAAAAAAACUGCAAAGACGGAGACUUCAGGAACUCUUUCACACUAAACCUAGAAUGAAAAUUGCCAUUUUUGUCCUUCGUACAGUAUCAAGAUAACGAUGGUAUGACUCCCCUGAUGGCAGCUGUUGAUAAGGAUCACCUUGGAACUGUAGAUUUUCUACUAAAAGAAGUAAGUACUUAAGCUGAAUUCCCUUUAUAGUUUGAAUAAAGUCAGUUAAGUCCGAACGUUCCUGGCCUUCAUCUCCUUUAUUCGCACUUCUCUGCUUCCUACCGUAUUCACGGCAAAACAGCAAAACAGCAGGUAAUAGGGGCCUUAAGAAACGAGAAUGUUGACGUCCCUGACGUCAAAAAUGGCAACUGGGAGUUGAUAUUCUCCCUCUUUCAGUGCUCUGUCUCGAUAAAUUCGUACAGCGGGAGUUAAAACAAAGGCAUUCAGAUUCGUUGUGUGAGACAGAAGCUCCGCGCGCGAGACAUCGAACAAUCGAGAUCUCGAACUCCGGGUUGUUCCGCCGACACCACUGAAAAGAGCGCCUUAAAAUUUGUAACACUUUCCAAUUUGAAAGUUUGAUGUCUCAAGCCAGUGAAGAUAUAUAAUGCCUCAAAGUUUGCAGACGUUUGUACGGGGUUGGGGGCAAAUUAAGUUUGUGCCCUCCACCAAAAAAAAAACGUCCGUAAAAUUUCCGUCGCCACUUUGAGGAGCUAAAACUUCGUUAGUUUUCACCAAAUCCCUUUCAAACUUGGCAAUUUUACUAACUUUAAGACGCUAUUUCCAGUGGUGUCAAAGGAUUUUCCCUAUUAACUUGUCAAAGUCAAAAGUUGUAAAAAACCUUGGAAAGGUCUAUUCGUAUCAUUUAGUUACACAACUUGCCCUUGCUAUAAAAAGUCCUUGUUUUCAGUUGGGCGUAGAGGUUCCAAGACCUUCAAUAAAUGUAUUGAUGUUCUGGAUCAAUUUAGGUUUUUGGGAAAAUGCCUACCUACUCCUCCCUUAAGCCAACAUUAACACUUACUUCUCGUUUAGGGCACAAUGUUGGCUUUGAGGAGGAGUAGGUGGGCAGUUUCCAGAAACCUAAAUUAAUCCUAUGUUCUCUCUUUUUUACAUUUGUUGCCACUAGGGAGCUGAUCCAUAUGUCGAAGAUGAGUCAGGAAAAACUGUUUUUGACAUUGCAGAGGAAAAGGAUUUAACCAAGAUUCAGGCGCUCUUAGACAAAUACAAAAAGAAGUAAUCAACCGAUCGCUUCUGAUUGAUUCGAUUGUUACGUUAAAUAGACGGGUUUCACAUUUAUGCGGAGAAAUAAUGAAUCUGCAUUUUAAAGGCCAAGGUAGAUAGCACUGAAGAAGUACGAAGUGUUUUUUAGUAUUCUUUUAUCUUUGUUUAAAUGCCCAGAGACCAUGCACGACUUCUUGUUCUACACAUAAUUGUGAAACUAGGGGGCUGUUUACAUGGAGGGAGGAAGAUUCUAAGAAAAGGCGGAUCAUGUAAGCGCCAUAUGUUUUCCGUAUUCAGUUUAGAUGCAAAACGUUGUCGUUCCGCCUUCUAGGAUAUCACGGAUCUUCCUGUUGCUAUGAUCUUCCUCCCUCCACGUAAACUGCCUCAAGGUUACAAGUCGUUUUGAGCUCAGUAUCAGUGUUUUAGAUAUUUGUUUUUUGUCUGUCAGUACAUUUAAUAUUCCUACUAGGAUUUCAAACUUCCAGUCAAGCAAGUUGCCCGCGUCAAAAUUCCAUAAAAAAACUGAAAAUUUCCGCAGUCCACAUGGUUUCAACUAAAAGAACUUUCGUGUUCAACGGUUGAUUUGAAUGGCCACUCUACAGAAUUUUUAUCUCAGAAUCUAAAUUGACAUAAACCAAGAUUGGUUAGAAUUUUGUCAUUGUUUAUUUGAAAAAGACAACUCUCCAAGGAGACGUAAUUUUUUUUAUUCUAUUCUUUGCUCGUUAAUUACCGCUGGG